AUGGCGGAUGGUGGAAACAGAUACAGAAGACGAAUUAACGAUCUUCGAGACAAAAUGAACGCCCAGUUCAAUCGACUACUAAAUGAAGACCCCCCAGAGGAGGAACAGACCAGUCUUCUGGAUAGAUCACAUAGGGUGCGACGGGAUUUGGAUGAAGAAGAUUUCAAGAAAGCACUGAGAGAUCAUUUUCCUGAUCUUCCAGAAGAUUUUGAGCUAUGCAAAGUAAAUGGCCAAAGACAGGUCAUCCCUUUGCAGUUGGAAAGUUUGAGUCCCGAUCAUAUUUACUCAAGCAGUGCAUUGGGGAGAUCUGCCCUUUACAUUCGUGUGAAGGUUGUCCAGACAAACACAAGUUUGCCAACAGAUGGGACCAGCCAACCUGACCACACCACCACAAGUGUGCCCACAGAUGGGAGAAGCCGACGUCCCUACACAACCUCAAGUGCGCCUACAGAUGGGAGCAUGCAACCUCCCCACACCACCUCAAGUGUGCCCACAGAUGGGAGCAGCCAUAGUCCCUACACCACCACAAGUGCGCCCACAGAUGGGAGAAGCCGACGUCCCUACACCACCACAAGUGCGCCCACAGAUGGGAGAAGCCAACCCGCCUACACCACCACAAGUGCGCCCACAGAUGGGAGAAGCCAACCCGCCUACACCACCACAAGUGCGCCCACAGAUGGGAGAAGCCAUAGUCCCUACACCACCACAAGUGCGCCCACAGAUGGGAGAAGCCAUAGUCCCUACACCACCACAAGUGCGCCCACAGAUGGGAGCAGCCAACCCGCCUACACCACCACAAGUGCGCCCACAGAUGGGAGAAGCCAUAGUCCCUACACCACCACAAGUGCGCCCACAGAUGGGAGAAGCCAUAGUCCCUACACCACCACAAGUGCGCCCACAGAUGGGAGAAGCCAUAGUCCCUACACCACCACAAGUGCGCCCACAGAUGGGAGAAGCCAUAGUCCCUACACCACAACAAGUGCGCCCACAGAUGGGAGCAGCCAACCCGCCUACACCACCACUAGUGCGCCCGCAGCAACCCCAGUAGAGGACUUCUAUGUGGACUCGUCAGAAUCUGACAUAGAAGAAGUGACCCUUGCCUCUCCAGUGAGGAGUAAUAGUCCAAAUCUUGACAGAGAACUACCAGAUAUUUUAAAGGUGUUCUGCGAAGAAUAUCUGGACUGUUAUACCAGCAUAACAGUCAUAGCACGACGCAAACACAUUUUAAGGGGUGCAUGUAUGGCCUUAUCAAGAGGCUACUUUGAAUGGUACAAAACUCCCAAUAUUGAGUUUGUGGGAGAAAUGGCAGAGGACUAUGGAGGUCCCAGAAGAGAAUUUUUCAGACUCCUGAUGAUUGAGCUCCAAAGCGCCCUUGGAGUUUUCGAGGGCAAACCUGGGGAGCUGCUCUUCAGCUACAAUCAAAAGGCUCUAGCUGAAAAUAAAUUUUAUACUGCAGGAAAACUGAUAGCAUGGUCCAUAGUUCACAAUGGACCAGGCAUCAGAUGCAUCAACAAGGAGCUCUUCCUGAUCAUGUGUGGCCAGAAACCCAACCUCACCAUGUUUGAUCUUGGAAAUUUCUUAGAUUGUGACAUUGUAGAAAAGCUGACAAAGGUAACUACUGUUACCAUGACAUCUGAUAUAGUUGUGGUCUUUUUCAACCAAUGUUUUCAACAACUUAGCUAA